GUUGCGAGCUUCGCCGGCUGCUUGUCGAUUCCUCGGGUCCACAGCCGACGAUGGUGGGCUAUCGCGCUUGGUGGAGCGGCAUUUUAACACCGAGACUAUAGCAAGGCAACAGUUUCAACGCAAGCGUAUCGCACGCCUUCAAAUUUCAACGUAAUAUUUCUCUUUAGGGGGUUGUUUUUUUUAGACGUCUCCGUGAAUAUUUGUAACAUUGUUUGAAUUUAACCACCGUGUUGAGUUUUCAAGUAAUUGAGUUGAUUCCAGGUCUAGAAAUUUUGAUUCAACAUACUUCUCGGUGCUGUGUGUGGCAGGAGUUAAUGUUCAACUUCAAAACGAGAUGGUGAAUCUAUUUUUAAACUGUGCUGACAGAGUCUAGAUCUAGACUAGCUUGUCAUUUUAUUCUGGAUUGGAAAAAAAUUUGAAAAAAAAAUAAUUUCACUUUGAUAGGAUUACAACUAAAAGGAUACCAUGACAUUACUCAAGUCUGACGGCGUCAGAAAGCUUCGCUGACUGGUGAUGCCUUGCCACUCACGUCCAACGAACGGCUAAACAUGUCCUCAGACCGACCAACACAAACACAGCAGCAACAACCACAACAGCAACAGCAGCCACAGACCCAGCAACAGCAUUCUAAACCCCGCGAAGACUCACGGUUCAUCAUUUCCCCUUACGACGACCAAAAACUCCGGAUGGCGGCCGCGGCGUCGUACCCUUACUUUCUCCCGGCCUCAGCGGCCCCACACUUGGCGGACUACCCGAACGGACACGCCCUGGUCACUCCGCCGCACCCGUCUUUCUUCUCCGCCCUGCACAUGAACCCUCACGCCAUGUCAGCGGCGCUCCUGAAAGGCCUGGGGCGCAACCUGCCCAUUCUGGCCACGGACUUCAUGUCUCACCCCGGCGACAUGUACGCCGCUGCCCUCAGGGGCGUAGGACUAGGGGUAGGGUCCACCGAGGUCCAGGACCCAGAUGUGAAAGACGAUCCUAAGGCGGAGCUGGAAGGUUUAGACUUAUGGAAGAAGUUUCACAGCAUUGGGACUGAAAUGGUUAUAACAAAAUCCGGAAGGCGAAUAUUUCCAGCAUACAAAGUCCGGCUGUCCGGCUUGGACAAGAAAUCCAAAUAUUUCCUUCUUAUGGACAUCAUGGCGGUGGACGAUUGCCGGUACAAGUUCCACAACGGCAAGUGGACAGUGGCCGGCAAAGCCGACCCGGAGAUGCCCAGGCGAUGUUACAUCCAUCCGGACUCCCCGUGCACGGGUGAGCAGUGGAUGCAGAAGGUGGUCAGUUUCCACAAGCUCAAACUGACCAACAACAUCUCGGACAAGAAUGGCUAUCAGCAAAUUUUGAACUCCAUGCACAAGUACCAGCCUCGUUUUCACAUCAUCAGGACGGCAGACUACAUGAGGAUAGGCAUCUCGCCUAGGACUACGGUGGUCUUCGAGGAGUCUCAGUUCAUCGCCGUCACAGCCUAUCAGAAUGAACAGAUAACAAAGCUCAAAAUAGACAAUAAUCCGUUUGCUAAAGGAUUUAGAGAGAACGGAGGUGGUCGAAACAAUAAAAUGAAGAAGCAGUGCGCCCCUCACCUGGACACCUCCACCUCCUCCUCCCUCUCCCACGACGGGCACCUGUCGUCCAACAGCGACGUGGAUGACGAUGAGGACAACGUGGAGAUUUGCGUGGACGACGAUGACCAGCACUCCAACGUCUGCUGCCCAAGUGACCAGGACGAGGAGAACCUUGGGAGACGCAGCGCGGGCGCCUCUUCCAAUGAUGAAAUCAAUAUGGACAGUAAAGAAUUGAUUCAUCGACAAAAGAAUUUUGAGUCGGACGACAGAGCUAUCUAUCCAAAUCAUGGUCUGUCUCCUAGACACUUCGUAGAUGGCAAAAAUUGUGAUACUAAAGAUUCAAAGCCAUUGACAUUUAACAUUAGCAGGGAGUUACACGGUGAUAAAAAGCCUUCAGAGGACGCCUCUUCUAGGUUGGGAAUGCAAGAACAUGAGGACACUUCAAGGAAGCCUCUUCUCAAACAUAGCGCUGAGAGCUUGAUAGCCAAAACCUCGCCCAAUGACGAGCGAAGGAGAGUCUGUGAUGCGAUGAAACUCUCAUCCUUAGAAAAGGCAGACCCGACCAGUAUUAGUAGGCUGACAGACAAUGAUGAGUCUCCGAUUUUCAGCAGAGCCAGGCAGUUCAGGGAAGGAGCAGAUUCAGAAAGGGCUGAAGCUUGUCCUCCUUCGGGUGAGCAAAUGCCAAUGAACUGUGCAAGCCGGCUCGCUCAUCACAGAUCUUUGCUGUACUCCCAGGAUGGUUACAGCGCUGACACAGAGUCAGAGGGCAUGCAGAGGCACGCUGCUGGACAGUUGCACCUGUCCCCGCAUAACCAGAGAGACAAAGUCCUGUCACGGCAGGAGGACAGGCUCAGCCAGUCCCACUAUCAUCAGCUGUUGAGGCUGGAGUCAGAGAAGCGCGACCUUUUUGAGAAGGAAAACAGGUUCUUGCAGGAGCAGAAACUUUUAAGCAAGGACUCUCGAAGCCCACCAAAUGUGACGGUCUGCCAGAGGUCCUCGCUGGCUCACUCACUGUUCCCAAUGUGCCAUCCUAACAUUUUCGGGACCAGUGCAUCCGCUUUCCACCACCCAAUGGCAUCUCUUUAUAUAAACACCAUGGCCGCUCAUCCGCAGUUCUUGUCCCAUAUCGCAUCCUCCUCAAUGGCAUCCGCUGUCACAACAACACCAUCGUCUUCUCCUCCACACAGAUCCCCAACCAGCGCCCUGUCAGCCCUUUCCGCAUCUUCCUCAGCAUCCUUGUUUCCAUCCUCCAUGUCGCAAGCCUCCCUCCACCACAGCCUCCCAUCCUCUCAUCCAGCAGCCAUGGCUAGGGCCAUAGCCGCCUCCGCCCUGCCCAUGUCGCAUCCACUGACAUUCCUACCUCGCCACGCUGCUGCUUCGUUGGGCCCCUUGUUCCAAGCACGCUCUCCGCCAAGCAGAUUCCACCCUUAUGCCCCCAACCCUGUCAGUCCUGGCAUCCCUUCGUCACCAGAGGGCGGUGUAUCAAACUCCAGCUCUCCGAGCCCAUCCAGUUCGCCGCUCAUGAAGCUUUCGUCCAACGGGGUCAUCAAACCAGUACCCCUCCCAAGAGAAAUUGGCCUCAACCUGAGCACAUCUGACUCUAGAGUGGUCCCUGUGUAGACAGUUUUAACCCCUUGCUGACCACAACUGAGGUCUUGAAAGUUGUUUAAACGUAUGUUUUAUGCUCACUAUAAAAGACAUAAUCACCGAGAACUGCAGUGAACCCAUGAUGCUGACAUUACCAUAAACAGAGAAUGCAGUCUUCACUUUGCCAAAUAGAUCUCUUGAUCUAUAAGAAACUAAUUUAACAUUUCUGCAGGGGAUGCCAACUAGAUCUCUAGAUCUAAAAGAAUCUAAUUUAACAUUUCUGCAGUGGAUACCAACUAGAUCUCUAGAUCUAAAAGAAUCUAAUUUAACAUUUCUGCAGGGGAUGCCAACUUUCCUUCUUGACGUAGCUUCAUUGACUUGUAAUUUAUUACUGAUUGCUGCCAACUCUUAAAUAUAACUUACACGGGAAAGAUCCAGGUUUUCCUGGGUCUAUAUUGUUACAUAUGAUUUGAGGGUUAAAAUUUGUGUUUACAAUUGUUUGUUUGCCUUUUGCGUACGUGGGCUUACAGCUUAUAUUGGUAAAAAAAAAAACGUGUAGAUUUACUGUAAAUAUUACAAUGGUCCUUACCAUAAUUGUUAUAAUUAAUAGCAGGGCAAUAAAGAAACAUUCUUUAUUAUUCUGGUGUAAGAAGGAGCAUAAAUUGCAUAUAAUUCAUUUAUAUUUAAAUUCAAACAUUAUACAAAAAGUUUUUGUCUGUGUUAAAAAAAAUGAAAUUAACUGUUAUUGUAUUAUGUCCGUCUUUCUAUUUAAUCUUUUUUUGACUCUCUACUGCGUUGUAAAUGUUUCAAUAUAUAAAUAUGGCAAUUGUUCAAAUGAUUUCAAUAUAUAAAAUGUAAUCUGCUCAUGUCCAGACACAAUGGCAGGCUCAUGUCCAGACACAAUGGCAGGCUCAUGUCAAACUUUGUAAUUUGGUUUUUCUGUCUUUCUGAACCACUUAAAAAUGUUUAUAAACGUGAAAUUGUAAUAUCGACUUGGCUUCUUGGUAUGUUUGUGUAUUGGUUUUAAUGCUGUUUCAAAUAAAUUGUCAAUAAUUACUUGUUAUUACGAUAUUCCCCAAUUACCAACACAUACACACAUUCAUACACACAUACACACAUACAUACACACAACUCACGCGUACUCUCGGUGUCUAAACAAUUCUUAGUACAUAGUACAUUGUGAUAAGCCCUCCCCCCCUCGGCCUUGACCUGUUGUUUUUUUUUCGUGGAAUUCGGACAGGAAGUAACUUUCUUUCUUCUUUUAACUUUUCAGUGUUAGUGCAUACUAGUUGAGACGUCCAGUGUUAGGUUGAAUGUGGUACUUUUCAGUAGACUGUUUUUUUUAUAGAGUAUUUACAAAAUUUGGUUUUUCAAUCGCUAAAUAACAAACUCCCACCAUCCAGCCCCUCCAUCCUCAUGUGCCCAUUACGACAAGUAAGGGACUUUAUCCCUCCCCCCCUACAAACCCCCACCAAUCCAUGGUCAAUGCAGACCACAGGGGAGGUAUAGAAGUAACAUAUGGACUUCUAAAUCUUAGCUUAUAAUGUUGAUGGGGUAUAUUCAUAAAAUGGUAUACUAUAUAAUUCUUAACUCACAAAAUUUGAAAAUGUAACGUCUAUUAUAUAAUGUAGUAGAGACAUGUCUUUUUGUUGUUGUUAUGUUGUAUUGUGUUGUUUAAAUAUUCAAUGCUUUGUGUAUGUGUUUGUGUGUUACGAUGUUUGUGUAAUAGGAAUUCGUAUGUGUUGGUAAAUACUCCGUGGACCUAGUUUUGAGUAUAGCUUUCAUUAGAUCAGUUAGUGUCAGCCCUUAUUUCCCAAUGCCUAGUGUAUGCCCUUAUUUCCCAAUGCCUAGUGUAUGCCCUUAUUUCCCAAAUGCCUAGUGUAUGCCCUUAUUUCCCAAUGCCUAGUGAAUGUCCUUAUUUCCCAAUGCCUAGUGAAUGCCCUUAUUUCCCAUUGCCUAGUGAAUGCCCUUAUUUCCCAAUGCCUAGUGAAUGCCCUAAUUUCCCAAAUGCCUACUGUAUGCCCUAAUUUCCCAAAUGCCUAGUGUAUGCCCUUUUUUCCCAUUGCCUAGUGUAUGCCCUUAUUUCCCAAUGCCUAGUGAAUGCCCUUAUUUCCCAAUGCCUAGUGUAUGAAUUGAAUUUCGUGCGUGUGGUUUUUUUUUGCGUGCUCGUGUGUUCGUGGUGUGGCGCCACAUUGCAUAAUUAUUGCAUUUUUGCAUUAUUAGACUUAGCCUGCCACAGAUGUGCGAUAUAUAUAUAUAUAUAUCAAUUCAUAGAGAAAUAACUUUCAAAGAGUUAGGCUUAGAAAAGAGGGGCGGGGGAGGAGGAUUAAAUCUGAUUAGAUGAAAAGAAUGAAUGAAGUAGAUGUUUGUAGAACUUGUAUUUUCUCUCUGUCCUUGAUAUUGUCAGAACUGUCAGCUCCCCCACACCACGCCGCCAUCUUCUAUAAAGUCAAGUCGUGUACAAUUAUCCUCCAUACAGUUGAGGCUAAAUUACUUCCGGUUGGUUGAAAUAUAUUUAAAAAUAAUUUUAAAAAAACAACAACAAUUUUCUUAUUUGUGUUAUAUUUAUAAAUCUAAUUUGUCUUUAUUUGAAUUAAAUUUAAAAAAAAAACUGAUGAUGAUUACAUUAUGUUGUAGAGUAAAAUUGCUCUGAAAUCAGAUCCUGUUUCAACCGGAAGUGCUUAACCCACCCACGUCUAUAUUUAGCAUAAUACAAGACAAGACAGCGGUCUUGAGAGAAACUAAGCUCUAGUCCUAGCUUCAUGAAGUUUUAAUCAAGGGCAUUGUAGAGCUGUUAUUCGGAUGUAGAGUCAUUAUGAAUGAAUAGAUCUAAAGCUAUCAGUCAGACAUUACCAGUGAAAUUUAUAAUGGAAGUUACCCCCCCCCCCCUUUCUCAACCUCAUCAUUUACCAACUACUCAUAAAAAUAAAGGUUGAUAAAAAUGGCGUUUCUUGCAAAUGAUCAAACUAGAUAAAUUAUGAAUGUGUGUUUAGGAGCUGAUUGUAAUUUAAUGAUGUGUUCUUCAUGUGUUUGAACACAAUGUCCUCUCCUUGAACUGGAGUGUUUGUAUAUAAUAUUAAUUUGAAAGCUACAACAGCAAACAAAACAUUUCUUGAAAUAAAAGUGCAAUACAUUUAA